UUGCUGUUAGUCUAGCCAAUCCAAACCUUAAUUCAGGUUCGGUUGUGCUUGAAGGCGCAGUAAACUGAAACAUUUCCCAAAGGUUGUAAGUGAACUUGUUUUUCUGGGAAUAGUAAAGUUUUUGGAAGUUAAAUAGUUGAGGCGGACUAUGAGGCGGGUGACGUUGUUUGUGAAUGGCAGCCACAGAGAUGGAAAGGUGGUUGCCGUUUAUGGAACAUUGUCUGAUCUACUGUCACUGGCCAGUAGCAAACUGGGAAUUAAAGCCACCAGUCUUUACAAUGGAAGAGGUGGGCUUAUUGAUGACAUUGCACUAAUAAGAGAUGAUGAUGUGCUGUACGUGACAGAAGGAGAACCUUUCAUAGAUCCUCAGAGUGAGACAAGGGCAGUUCAGGAGCUGUCGGGAGCACAUACUGAUUGGUUGACGCUAAAUGUUGGUGGUCGAUAUUUCACAACAACACGGAGCACUUUAGUUAAUAAGGAGCCCGAUAGUAUGCUGGCCCGCAUGUUCCGGGAUAAAGAUGCCUGGGGUAACAAACAAGACACCAAAGGAGCUUUCUUGAUUGAUCGCAGCCCUGAGUACUUUGAACCAAUCCUGAAUUACCUGAGGCAUGGACAGCUAAUUGUAAAUGAAGGUGUGAAUUUAUUGGGUGUUUUGGAAGAAGCCACAUUUUUUCACGUAGAGUCAUUAAUUGAACAGCUUGAAGUAGCUAUUAAGAAUUCCCAACCUGCUGAUGAUCACUCUCCAAUCUCUCGGAAGGAGUUUGUUCGCUUUCUGUUGGCCACACCAACUAAGUCCGAACUGCGAUGCCAGGGUUUGAAUUUCAGUGGUGCUGACCUCUCUCGCUUAGACCUUCGAUAUAUCAACUUCAAAAUGGCAAAUUUGAGCCGCUGCAACCUCAGCCAUGCCAAUCUUUGUUCUGCCAAUUUGGAACGCACAGACCUUUCAGGAGCUGUUCUUGAUGGUGCAAACCUCCAGGCAGUUAAGAUGCUUUGUUCCAAUGCAGAAGGUGCAUCUCUUAAAGGAUGUAAUUUUGAGGAUCCCUCUGGGGUUAAGGCAAACCUAGAAGGUGCUAAUCUGAAAGGUGUUGACAUGGAAGGAAGUCAGAUGACUGGCAUAAAUCUAAGGGUUGCCACCCUGAAAAAUGCCAAACUGAAAAACUGCAAUCUAAGAGGGGCAACUCUGGCAGGAACUGAUUUGGAGAACUGUGAUCUUUCUGGAUGUGAUUUGCAGGAAGCUAACUUGCGAGGGUCAAAUGUUAAAGGUGCCAUCUUUGAAGAGAUGCUGACACCACUACACAUGUCGCAAAGUGUUAGGUAACCUGGAUACAGUAUACUAAAGCCAUACGGUG